CUCGUUAUCAGCAGUGGCAAUAUCGACGAAGGAUUCAACUACGAUGAUGCAUCUAGGCAGCCCCUCGAUCUCCGAGCGGGUCAGCAUCGCCUUCCCGCCCGAACCACCAUCGGAGGACUCGUCUGUGCUUUGCCUGACGUCGCGCGCAUACCAAGACGGCAAGACUGGCGAUAGCCAGACGCUCUACCUCGAUCUUCGUCUCUCGCUCCCUCUGGUUCAGGAUAGCGAUCUCAACCUGGGCUUCGCCGGGCUGCGAGAGACGCUCGCGACGGAGCCAAGGGUCCGAGUGAGGUGGAAUAGGACAAUCGACUCGGGUCGGGAUGAGCCCGACGACGGAGCGCCGCCGGAUCUGCCUGAUGAGGGGGAUAUGAUUACGAGGUGGGAUCCUGAGUUGGGAAGGGAGGUCGAGGUGGAGUUGGGCAAGACGUGGAAUGCGGAUGCGCGGAAGGUGCAGGACUACGAGGAGGUUUGGAGCGAAGGAGAUAUACCCUCUGGUUCGGAGUACAUCUUUGCUGUGCAAGACAGGCUGCCGAAGGACAGUGGAGACCUACAUUUCUCGACGACAUUUCUGGCCCGCCUCGGUCACCACGCACUUGCGCUCGCGCAGGAGCCCAGAGGUGCCUUUCAAGCUGUCCGUCUCAGCCAAGGAGAGAACGGCCACUGGAGCACGGUAUAUGAUAAUACUUCUGGGUCGAAUCUUUACAAAGAUGUUGUAGCGCUGGUUGCGAGGACGCACGGCGAAAAGAAGAGGGGAGACACUUUGAAGUUGGCGAGUAACACGAAAUGGGUGGUAUUUGAUGUUGGUCGAGCAUGAUUGGU